GGAACCAAGAUCGGAAAGGACCGCCGAAAAUGGCAGAUGGACUGCAGCAGAAGGUGGAGGAGAAUUGCUGACGGCAGGACAAAACGAACCUCGGCACAACGCGAAGAGGGUUUCCGGUCAAGCAAGCAGGCGCGAAGAGAGUAGGUCGAUGAGGAGUUCCAGCCUUUUACAACAGAUAUACAGACAAGGUGCGGGCAGGCUGCAUGCGCGACUAAGAAGCUGCAGGACUGCGAACAGGAAAAGCGACUCGGGACAACGGACAAGGAGGACUUGAGCUUGCAUCGUCCAUCGUUCUUUCCCACUUUCGUGCUUUCCCUUUCACAUGCGACGCUCUUCAAGCUCGCCCUGAUCAUCCCACUUUCUUCGCGACGACGCGACUCUCGGCAAGGCUCAAGACGUCCGACGCGUGGAUAUGAGCUGAGGGUUUGGACGGGUAUAACGACACUCUGAUGGCCGACCGUCUAUCCGCCGGCGCGAUGUCUGCUCCACCUCCACCGCAGCAACAGGCAUCCACGCAGCAGCCGCAAUCGGCUCAGCACCACACACCACAGCAUGGCCAGCAUCAACCUUCCCCGCCGAUGAGUCAACAGGGCGGCUCAGGUCCCAGUUUCCGGAGACAACGCGCUUCCAGAGCCUGCGAGACAUGUCACGCGCGCAAGGUGCGAUGCGAUGCCGCCAGCCUCGGUGUACCCUGCACCAACUGUGUCGCCUUCAACAUCGAGUGCAAGAUCCCUUCUCCUAAGCGCAAGAAGACGUCCUCCAAGCAACAGAAAGAAUCAAACAGCGACCGCGAAGACAGCGACAGCAUCGUCCACCCCUCCCCCGCUACCACCGAGACGCUCGCUCGUUCCGAUGUCGCCAGCCAGGCUCCCAUGCAGAUGCCGCAACUGCCCCCUCGGAACGGCGUCGACUAUGCUGCUGUCAGCGGCAUGCCCGCGACCACCCUCUCAGAAAAGUACCAGGAGCAACAGCAGAUCCACGAUGCAACAUGGAGUCAGUACAUGAAGCCAAAGUUUGCUCGUGCACCGAUCAAAGAGGCUGGUCGCGUCGCAUACUUGGGCGAGUCCUCGAAUCUGUCCCUGCUCGUCCACGACAAGCACGGCGCUUCCGAUGUCGUACACUACCCCCUGCCCGAGAACGUGCGUGGUACUCGUGCUCGCAUGAAUGAACUCGAUGAACUCGAACUUCGCAUUCUGCACGAGAGAGGCGCCUUCUUACUACCACCUCGUCAACUCUGCGAUGAGCUGGUCGACGCUUUCUUCACCUGGAUCGCUCCUGUUGUGCCUGUGAUCGAUCGAAACAAGUUCAUGCGACGCUACAGAGACCCCAAGAACCCUCCUUCAUUACUUCUGCUUCAAGCAAUCCUCCUCGCCGGAUCGCGCGUGUGCACCAAUACUCAACUCAUGGAUGCCAAUGGCUCCACGACACCGGCCGCCAUGACCUUUUACAAACGAGCAAAAGCCUUAUUCGAUGCCAACUACGAAGAUGAUCGCAUCACAAUCGUCCAAGCAGUCAUCCUGAUGGGCUGGUAUUGGGAAGGCCCAGAGGGUAAGAUGCGAUACACCGGACUACCACGUGAGUGUCAAUCUGACAUUGCUUCAGAUGUAACAAAAAAUGUGUUUUAUUGGAGCAGAGUUGCCGUCGUCAUUGCCCAAGGGUCUGGCAUGCACAGAAGCGUGGAGAAGUCUCAAUUGAGUCAACAGGACAAACGUUUGUGGAAACGCAUCUGGUGGACGCUUUUCACACGCGAUCGCUCGGUGGCCGUCGCUCUCGGUCGGCCGUGCGGUAUCAACAUCGAAGACUCCGAUGUCGAGAUGAUAUCAGAAGAAGAUUUUGUCGAAGACGAGACUGACGACGAGAUGGAAUUCCCUCCCGAUCCGAUUCACAUCCAUUUCUUCCUCAACUACGUCAAACUUUGCGAGAUAAUGGGUUUGGUGUUGUCCCAGAACUAUUCCGUCGCCUCGCAAAAGCGCGGCCGUAACAAUGCAAUCGACCUUACGCACUGCGACAUGGCAUUGGCCGAUUGGUUGCAGCAUUGUCCCAGAGAAGUCUACUGGGAGAAGAAUCGUCAUCAUUUCUGGUCUGCUCUUCUCCAUUCAAACUACUAUACCACACUUUGUCUGCUUCAUCGCGCUCAUAUGCCACCUGCCGGUUCUUCGCCAGAGAUGAACCGUGUGAACGGCUUCCCAGAAGAAAUGACAUACCCGUCAAAGAACAUCGCCUAUCAGGCAGCCGGCAUGAUCACGUCCAUCGUCGAGGCUUUGACUAGUCACAACGAGCUUCAAUUUACUCCUGCUUUCAUCGUCUAUUCUCUCUUCUCCGCUCUCAUCAUGCACGUUUACCAAAUGCGUUCAUCCAACCAAUCGGUAGUGCACACCUCUCAGCAGCGCUCGACGAUAUGCAUGAACGCACUCAAGGACGUGUCUCGGGUUUGGCUUGUUGCCAAGAUGGUACAUACCCUGUUCGACUCUAUUCUCGGUAACAAAGUCCUCGAGGAGCGACUACAAAAAGCUGCCGGGAAACGACAUGGAAAGCAAAAAUCUAUGCAAUCCGCAAAGAUCCCUCUGUCGCGUACUAACAGCGAACAACAUAAACGCAAGUUUGACGACAUGGAGUUCGGCUAUGGUGGAGGUCCGCCAGCUGCUCAAAUGUCAUAUGAACGCUCAAGACCACAAUCUCCUGUUAACGCUCCACGGGAACAGCAUCCCAUGCCUGGACUUGGUAAUAACGCAAGCCCCUCUCUGCGCCAGGACGCCUUCAUGGGCACUUCCCGCACCAACACACGACCUACUACACCGUUCAAUACCUACUCAUAUCCCGGUACACCACCAGAUCUCUUCCUUCACACUCGCACUUCACCAAAUAUUUCGCAGGAUCUGUGGCAGAACUAUCAACCAGAUCAACUGUUCCCACCCGACACAUCAGGCAUGUUUCCGAUAGGAAGUCCUGUGCAGCAAGCGACCAUGGUAGAUCCUGCCUUGAGAGGGUCAGCAGGCUCACAACCACCACAGUCAUAUGCUAAUUCUGGACAACCGCCUCCUCAAUACCCUCAGUCAAUGAUGGAUACUGGAGCACCUCAGCAACAACAGUAUCAAGGACAACAGCAACCUGUACAUCUACAAAACCAGUACGUUCAGAUGCCGGAGAACGGCGAUCAUCAGCAACGAGCGAAUAUGGAAGAUACGUGGAGUAACAACAGUGGAUCUACCACCGGAGGCCAUGGACCUAAUGUGCCGACAACGCUGAAUGUUGGCGAUUGGUUUGAAUUCUUUGGUAUACCUAAUGGGGACCUGUCUGCACUGCAUGCGCAGCAGUACUGAAGUUGCUCGUGGAUAUGGUUUCUCUUGUGUUCACUUGCUUAUUCUUCGUUGCUUUUCAGGCGUGGCGUAUGGUGAUAGGGUCGGGUUUGGGAUGCAAACAGUAUGCCGAUACGGAGAAAUUGCUGCCGCGAUUGCAUAACAUGUGCAACAAAGCAUGGAGAAUAUGGGUAUGGUUUUACUAGCUUGAUAGCCUCUUGCAAAAAUGUGCCGCGACUUCUAUAUGUAAGUCCUACAUUGAUCAUCUUGUUGCUUUUUUCUGCAUUGUGAUAUGGUCUCAUCCUUUCAAUUUGCUCCACGUCUCCACAUGCUUCCUUGAGUUGGGAACUUGAUGUGCAUGAAAGAAGGCCAGCUACGCAUUUGGCUGCAUAGUCAAGUGUUUCAUGGAGGAUUUGAGUGGAAAAACGUGGACUUUGGACCCCAAAUGUACAAGAAUAUUCUCUCUUUAAAAGGCAGCUAUGGAACCUAUUCAA